GUUGCAGAGGAAUAAAAAUAAAAAUGUCAUCGCAUUCUUUUGUUCUCGCUGUGAUCGCCACCAAAUCUCUCCUAUAAAUAUUUACUCCCCGCUCUUUCUCCCCCCUUUUCUAGCGAUCUCGAGUGAAUCCGCCCGAUUUCUUCGCUCGAUUCACUCACCCCCCCGCUGGAUUUUCAUUUCAAAAGGUGGGGGGGAUCACGAAAACCCUAGAUAGGCUCUAGGGCGGUUCUUUUUUGGGGCGAAUGGGUUGCGCCUUUAGCUGUUUUCAUGCGGACGAUGAGGACGAUGAUGACCAUGACCGGCAAAGCCCUGAACCUCCGGUGUUGAGGAAUUGCGUCUGCUCGGCGCUGACCCAGCAGUUGUAUUAUGUGCUGUUCCAGAGAGCGUAUGUGAGUGAUACCUCUUCAUCUGUGCAAGAGACAACUUCACGAUCUGGUGUAGCUGAAGAUAGGUCUAUAUCAGAUUCAUAUCGUCCUCCUCCGAGGCCUUUAGCUUAUGAUGAUCCUAGAUGCUCCAGGUCAAACUGUCAGCACACAGGGCUCAUAUCAAGGGGUGAAAAGGCUUCAAGCCAUGUACAUGAGGAAACUGAAAGACUCCGGGGAAGAAACAGUACCACUGAAUAUUUAGGCAUUGGAAACAAGCUGAAUGCGUCUGAUAAUGACAAGCUCUCCAAAUUAUGUCUUUCUGAGUCCUCUCUGAAGUUCCCAUCCCAGGAAGUUACUAGUGGAGCCAUGUACAUCUUUUCGUCAUCUGAAGAUGAAGAUGUGUGUCCAACAUGCCUUGAAGAGUAUACUGUGGAAAACCCAAGAAUAAUGAUGCAGUGCUCUCACCACUUCCACCUGAGUUGCAUAUAUGAGUGGAUGGAAAGAAGUGAAGCAUGUCCUGUCUGUGGGAAGGUUAUGCUGUUCAGUGAAACAAAUUGAUGGCAUUCCAAGAACAAAUCUUUCUGGAGCGCUUGGUGAUUAACUAUAAUAUACAUAAUUUUUCUGUAAAUAAUUUGGUUUAUGCAGAAUAUGUAACAGAAAAAUUACUUACCCAGACUGUAAAUUUAAAUUCACCAGCCUUCUGUUGGGUGUUUUUCUUCUUCUUGUGCUCAUUUAUUUGAGCUAUGAAAAAACAUUUGGGUCUUUAA